AUGGAGCAGGAACGGACUAGCCUUAGUAUGUUUGUACCCAGGGGGAGGCAUGACCUCCUGGGAACUAAAGAGAACAGAGAGGACUCUGAAGACAAGCAGGUUGUUAAGGAGAUUAUGGCAAGAUGUUUUAUUCCAUCUCUAAUAACCACCACCUCCUGGGAAAGUUUUCAUUUUGUGGGUCAUGAGAUUCGGAUUACUGAAGCCAUGGAUUGUUACGGUGCUGUAGUUUGGCCAUCGGCUCUAGUUCUAUGCUAUUUUCUGGAAACAAAUAUAAAGCAAUACAAUAUCGUUGACAAAAAUGUAAUUGAGAUUGGAGCUGGAACAGGGUUAGUCUCUAUUGUGGCAAGUUUACUAGGUGCACGUGUGACUGCCACAGAUUUACCCGAAUUACUCGGAAAUUUGCAAUAUAAUGUUUCCCGAAACACCAAAAUGAGAUGCAAACACCUGCCUCAGGUUAAAGAGCUCUCUUGGGGAGUUGCUUUAGAUAAGAACUUCCCCAGAUCUUCAAACAAUUUUGACUAUAUCCUGGCAGCGGAUGUUGUCUACGCUCAUCCUUUUCUGGAAGAACUCCUCAUUACCUUUGACCAUCUGUGCAAAGAAACUACUAUCAUUCUCUGGGUUAUGAAAUUCAGGUUGGAGAAAGAAAAUAAAUUUGUAGAUAGAUUUAAGGAGUUGUUUGAUCUGGAGGAAGUUUCCAGUUUUCCAAGCCUGGAUAUUAAGUUAUAUAAAGCUAUGAAGAAAAAUAGGAGGAGUGCUUAA